AUGAAGGAUUUCAGAAUGUUCGACGAGCUGCCAGACGUCGUGGAAGCCGUAAAAAACAAUCGAUUCGAGAUUGUUUUAAAAAAUGUGCACAUCGAGUCGGUCAGCGAGGCAGCGAAUGCCGCUCAGCAGCGAGUUUUCGAAAAAACCCCCCAGCUCAACUUCCUCUCCAUUACCUCGUGCUCAUUGUCACAUUUGUCAUCGCACAUUCAAAUUUGCGCAAAUCUGAGCUCGCUGGUGCUCCCAACGAAUUGUCUGACGUCGCUUCCCGACAUUUUCGACAAAUUGCCGAAAUUAAAAAUAAUCGAUGUGUCGCAUAAUGAGAUCGACGUUUUGCCGCCGUCAUUGUCAAAUCUCGACAAACUCGAAUCACUAAUUGUCGCCAAUAAUAAGCUCACCGAAACCGGCUUUCCCGAUCUCUCGAAACUCGUCCAACUUCACGUCUUCGACGCUUCACACAAUUGUCUAUCCUCAAUUCCAGCCACGGUGGCCAGUGAAGGACUGUCGACGCGAUUGCACACGAUUAAUGUCGCGAACAACGUCAUCGAGCAGAUUCCCGACGAGUUUGCGAUUCUCAAACAGCUCAAAGACUUCAAAAUCAAUCACAACAAGUUGAAGUUGACGCCGGGUGUUUUGGCGCAACUGCCAAAAUUGAAGAUGCUCGAUCUCAGCGAGAAUCAAUUCCACGACACAAGAUUCAAUCGUCUCGCCAACGACAAACGGGCGAAAGUGUCCGCCAUAUUGGCGUACGUCGCCAAAAAUGGUGUCAAAUGCUCGAAUAGUCCGGCGAGGGGCGGCAAUGUUGAUGAGGCGUCGAGCGCGCACGCCGCAAGCGAUGACAACCCGCUGCUGGUGCGAACGGGCAUCGAGAAUCUAACUGUCCGACGGCAUCCGAGUGUCGCCGAAAUUCGCCCAUAUUUGGUGUGCUGUGUGUUCAACAAUGUUGAUUUGAAUGGUGACGCCUUCAAGAAGUUCAUCUCGCUUCAGACGAAAUUGCACGCGUCGCCGCUGUGCGAGAAUCGAACGACGUGCGCCAUCGGCACCCAUCGACUCGACGCGUUUCAGCUACCGGUUUGCUAUAUGGCGUUGCCGAAAAAUGAUUUAUACAUUCGUGCGCUGAACAAGAAAUCCAGUGUGAACGCGACGGAGCUUCUCGACAAUCUUCUCCGCGACGCGGAAUUGGCGAGGAAGCGAAGCAAACGAAGCACAGUGGAUCCGUUGCAUAGAUAUCUCCAUUUGGUCAAAAACGAUCCGGUAUUGGCUUGUCUGGUGGACUCGCAGCAAAUUGUGAUCAGUCUUCCGCCGAUAACGAAUUCGGAUUCGACCAAGCUUACAACUGAAACGACGAGCGUUUGGGUCGAAGUCUCAUCGAAACAAUCGUUGGAGACGUGCAAAAAAGUGAUGGAUGAGCUCGUGACGUCAAGUCGGACCAUCUUCCCGAACCUUUCGAUUGAUCAGGUGCGCGUUGUUGAGAACGAGAAUUUGGUGUCGAUUUACCCGGACAAAAAUGAUCUACCCGAUGUCAAUGUUCAACGGGUCCCGCAAUAA